CUCUGGUUUUUUAUUUGUACUGGGUUUCUCUGUUUUGCCUCCCAUGGAUUCAUACGAGGCUACCAAGAUCGUUUUCUCGAGAAUCCAGAACUUGGAUUCUGAAAAUGCGUCGAAAAUCAUGGGGUACCUUUUGAUUCAGGACCAGAGUGAGAAGGAGAUGAUACGCUUGGCAUUUGGACCAGAGACUCUGCUUCACAAUCUCAUCAUCAAUGCCAAAACCCAACUGGGUCUUGUUCAUUCCAAGACUCCAUCCUUCAACCCCAUUUCCAGGCCCAACCCACUUUCCCUUUCAUCUUCUCCAACCUCGAAUCUUUGGAGCCUCAGCAACCCCAUUAGUCCCAGCUCCACUUGUUCCCCUUCUUAUGCCAAUGUUGUUAGCAAAAGCACUAACCUAGCUUCUGGGUCUUUAUCGCCAUCCAUCAAUGACUCUUCUAGUGCCACUGAGCUUGUUGACAACUUCCAGUUUUCUUUCCUCAAUGAUCCGAGGACCGAGGAGGAGUUUUUCGAUGGAGGCCUUGAAGGUGUUUAUGGUACGAACUCCAUGAACAAGCAAAGCCACUCUGCUCACUGUGAGUGUGCUUUUGGUUCUGAAGAUGUGAAUUCCGGGCUGGGAUGGAAGCCCUGCUCGUAUUUUGCAAGAGGGUUUUGUAAAAAUGGAAAUAGUUGCCGUUUUCUCCACGGUGAUGGUUUUCCUGGAAAUGUCGGUAUGCUUGAGCAGUGUGAAGACUUGCUCAGAUCCAAUGCUGCUGCUCAGCAACACAAACUUGCUGCAGUCUCUCAGUUCAUGUCUAAUGGUUCUUCUUUGCCUUACAACAAGUGCCUCAACUUUCUGAUGCAGCAACAACAAAAUGACGCACAAAGGUCAUUGAUGAUGGGAGAAGAGCUUCACAAGUUUGGGAGAUACCAGCAUGAGAGAAAUGAUAUUUCGAGUUUGGGUGGAAAUGUAAUUCCCAGUUCAAGGCAGAUCUACUUGACAUUCCCAGCUGAUAGUACAUUUAGAGAAGAAGAUGUAUCUAAUUAUUUCAACAUGUUUGGACCCGUGCAAGAUGUGAGGAUUCCAUACCAGCAGAAGAGAAUGUUUGGGUUUGUUACAUUUGUAUAUUCGGAAACUGUGAGGAUCAUUUUGGCCAAAGGGAACCCUCAUUUUGUAUGUGAUUCUCGGGUGCUUGUCAAGCCUUAUAAGGAGAAGGGGAAAAUACCAGACAAGAAGCUACACCAACAUUUGGAGAGGGGGGACUAUUCUCUGUGUUCAAGCGUAUCCGGAGUUGACUCUAGGGAGCCAUAUGACUUUAAUCUUGGAUCAAGAAUGUAUUACAGUACCCAAGAGAUGAUGUUACGAAGGAAAUUAGAGGACCAAGCUAAUUUGGAGCAUGCUAUUGAACUCCAAGAAAGAAGACUUGUGAACAUGCAUCUUCUAGGCAUCAAGAAUAACAAUCAUCAUCAAUACUAUCAAGGUCAAUCAGAAGGGUCUCCAUUUCCCUCCCCAACUUUAUCACUGACACCUAAAAAUCAACCCUUCACAGAUGUCUCAGAAGUCUCGAUCAUUUCCCAAACUUAUGCUUUAGAUGGUGAACAACAAGAGGAGAAGAGUGGCAAGAACCAAUCCAAUGCUGAAGAGUGUGACCUCCAUCAAAGUGUGGAGCACAAUCUCCCGGAGAACCUGUUUGCUUCACCAGCAGUAGCUGGAGACCACAUUAAUGUCUUCUCAACUGCUUCCGCACAAUUCAAUGAUAGCGCCUCAGCAAUAUCUUCAUCUUCCAAUAGCAAUAGCAAUAAUAACAAUUUACUGCCAACCACUUCUGCUUCUACCUCCAAUGCAACUUCCCCAAAAUCUGUUCUCUCCAGCCCAGGUUUUCUUUUGGGUAUGGAACCACUGGAAUGCAACUAAGAAAGUUGAUCAUGGCCAGCAAUGGGGAAACUUGACUUUUUGCUGUGAAACAAUUGGGAAGCCAAAAAAUCAUACCCUCAUCAAAGAA